CCUCAGAUCUCAGUCUACUGAGUAUCUAGGAUUAUUAGAGUCCAGCUAGGAUAGAUUUAAAAUUUUUUACUUUUAAAGUAAAUGACAAAGCAUAUUAUAAUUAAAAAAGUUUUUUUUAAAAGUAAUAUCCAGGUUAUUUACUGACAGCUACUACUUAGACCAAAAACAUUUGUGCUCAAGAUUAGGAGAAUUGUAUUAAAGCCAUGAAUACUAUAUUUUUCACUAUCAUCUAGAUUCUAUUUGUACUUCACUGAUAUUGUGUGAGGCUGAACCCUAGUUAAAAAUAGGACUACAUGCUUUAGGGUUGACCAUGUUCAGGAACAUUCAAAGGGGAUCUUCUUUUGAGGCACAAAGGUUCCUGAUGACUAUAACUGAAACUAGGAGAUAUCUGAAACUAUUGUCCUUCUUAGAUUGAAGGAUCUGGAUUCCUAAAGAUAAACUUAAAUUAUGCUUACUUUUUUUCUUUCUGCUUCAAGUAUGCCACUAUGAUUUAUAGUUGAGAAAAAUCAAGGAAACAGUUAACAACUUUGCUUAUAUGUUAGUUUUGAAAUAAGUAGUUGGAAAGAGGAAUAAUUUUUAUAUGCCUAUUAGGAUUCAGAAGUAAAUAGUGCUUUCGAUUUAGAGAUCAGUAAAUAAUUGAAGGAAUGUAACAUUUAGAUGUUUUAAUAUGUCAGCUACAUUGUAAAUGUAAUGUACAUAAACUAUUUCUGUAGAUGUUAUUGUUCAUUUCUUGUGUAUUUGUGGGCUUUUAUAAAACUGUUGUAAGAUAACAAGCAACUUUUUGUAAUCCAUGGUUUGGAUUUGUGAGAUGAUUUGUUUUUCUGUUGACUUAAAACUUAGAGGAGACUGUAUGCUCCCCUUUUAGGGUAGCUUUAUGUGAUAAUUUCCUGCUAGGAAAUCAUUUAAAAAAUAAUUGUGGGUAUUAUAAAAUAGUUUCUCAUCUGCCUUGAAAAUUCAUACACAGAGGGUAUAUAUGUUGGUGACCUCUAUGUUCUGUUUACCCUUCUAGAUUUGUUAGGUUUACUAGUCGACAAGUACAAAGUACUUAUGGUUGGUUCUUGUCCUUGGCUGAAGUUUGGCAGAUUGUCAAAUUUUAUAACCUGAGAUAUUUUCUCAGAUUUUGAUUAUUCUAGAAACAACGAGGGAGUCUAGUGAUAUAGAUUAUUGGGGUACAGAAGGAUUGCUCUGUGCCAUCAUUAUUGGCCUUCAUCUAUUUAGUCUUCAAUUUGAGUCCUCAAGGAAAGCCAAAAUGUUUCAAAUGCUUUGUAAUUUUCAAUAAUAGGGAUGGAGUCAAACUUUGAAUAGCUUGUGAACUUUAGCAAUUGACCUUUUCCAAGACUAGGGCUGGGCUUAAAUAAUGACAACAAAUCUCUGGAUAAAACAGAAAAGCUGCUAAAAAGCAGAUUUCUAAGCUAAGUUUUACUGAAGUCAAUUAAUUAGAAACUAUCUGAGUUAGUGUUCUGUUCUCAUAUUGAACUUGCCCAGCCCUAAUCAAGUGUGUACAAAAGUAGAACUGUACAAGCCAGUAUGGUAUAAAUGAAUUUUAGUUGAUAAAUGUCAUCUGAUAAUUUGUUUUUGAAUUGUCUAACAUUAGUAAGCUUACUUUUGUUUUUUCCCUCACUGUGCAACUUUUCCAGGUUUGGACCUUAUGAGUCUUACGACUCCAGGUCUUCUCUGGGUGGGCGAGAUCUGUACAGAUCUGGCUAUGGUUUUAAUGAACCCGAACAAAGCCGCUUCGGAGGUAGUUAUGGUGGUCGAUUUGAGAGCUCCUACCGGAAUAGCCUUGACUCUUUCGGAGGUAGAAACCAGGGCGGGUCUAGCUGGGAAGCACCUUACUCCCGUUCAAAAUUGAGGCCUGGGUUUAUGGAGGACAGAGGAAGAGAGAAUUACUCUUCCUACAGCAGUUUUUCUUCACCCCAUAUGAAGCCUGCACCUGUAGGCUCUCGGGGGAGAGGAACCCCUGCUUAUCCUGAAAGUACGUUUGGAAGCAGAAACUAUGAUGCUUUUGGAGGACCAUCAACAGGCAGAGGCCGAGGCCGAGGACAUAUGGGUGACUUUGGAAGCAUUCAUAGACCUGGCAUUGUUGUUGACUAUCAAAACAAGCCCACAAAUGUGACAGUUGCUACUGCAAGAGGAAUAAAGAGGAAAAUGGUACAACCAUUUAAUAAGCCUGGUGGAGCCUUUAUCAAGAAACCUAAGCUAGCAAAACCUAUGGAGAAGAUGAGCCUCAGCAAAUCACCUACAAAAACUGAUCCUAAAAAUGAAGAAGAAGAAAAGCGACGAAUUGAGGCCCGAAGAGAGAAACAAAGGCGUAGGAGAGAAAAAAACAGUGAGAAAUACGGUGAUGGUUACAGAAUGGCAUUUACAUGUUCAUUUUGUAAAUUUCGAACCUUUGAAGAAAAAGAUAUUGAGCUGCAUCUGGAAAGUUCUUCACACAAGGAAACAUUAGAUCAUAUUCAGAAACAAACCAAAUUUGAUAAAAUAGUUAUGGACUUUUUGCAUGAAUGUAUGGUGAAUAAAUUCAAGAAAACAUCUAUUCGUAAGCAACAGACAAAUAAUCAAACAGAAGUUGUUAAAAUAAUAGAAAAAGAUGUCAUGGAAGGCGUUACAGCAGAUGACCACAUGAUGAAAGUAGAGACUGUUCACUGCAGUGCCUGCAGCGUGUAUAUCCCUGCGUUACAUAGUUCAGUUCAGCAGCACCUCAAAUCUCCCGAUCAUAUCAAGGGGAAGCAGGCCUAUAAGGAACAAAUAAAAAGAGAAAGUGUCUUAACUGCAACAAGCAUUUUAAACAAUCCAAUAUUGAAGUCACGAUAUGAACGUUUUGUUAAGGGUGAAAAUCCUUUUGAAAUUCAAGAUCAUUCUCAGGAUCAGCAAAUAGAAGGUGAUGAAGAGGAUGAAGAAAAGAUUGAUGAGCAUAUUGAAGAAGAGGAAGAUGAGGAGGAAGCUGGAGAGGCAGAAGGUGUGGAAGAAGCAGAGGAAGCAGGAGAAGCCGAAGGAGCAGAAGGAGAGGGGGAGGCAGAAGGAGGGGAAGAGGGCGGGCCUGAGGGGGAAGAGGGUGGGCCUGAGGGGGAAGAGGGUGUAGCUGGGGAAGUGGAAGGAGCAGGGGAACCAGAAGUGGACGAAGGUGCAGCAAAGGAGCCUGUUGAUUUCCCUGUUGAUCAACCAGAAGAAAAUUAAAUAUAAGGAAUUAGAUUUAAACAGAGCUUUAAAUUUCUGUCCUAAUGUGGAAAGGGUAAGAAUUUAAAUAGCGUAACGUACUCAUGUUGCAUGCAUUCCACAUAUUAAAAUUUGUUUUAUAUUCUUUCUAAAUGUUUGGCACUUGUCUAAUAAAAUGAAGCUUAGAUUAUUUAGUUUAGUUUUUAUAGCUACCAAACUUAGAUCCCGGAAAUUGUUUGUAUAAUUUUUAUGCUUAAUUUUUAUUACCUUAUAGGUGUUAAGGAUAAUGGAUAUGUAUUGUUAGUAUAUCUGUCCUAAUCAUUUGAAAUUAAAUGCUGCUCUUGGGAGUUUUUAAGUGUAUAUUACAUUUAAAAAGGAAUCCUUACCCUAUGAGAGAUAAAUCGGGCAAGUAUUUUGUGCUCUGUGUAUUUUUUUUACUGCCAUGGAUGGUGCGUAGUACUUUGCAUUAAGAUAGCUUAUAGGCAUUUUGUGUACCCAGUUCCCUUUGUAGCAAUAAAUGUUUAUUUUUUUUUUAACUUCUGGGAUUAGCAAUUUAAAUGAAACAGUUAAUCAAUUAAAUGAAUAUAUAAAAUCAAUAUUUGCCUUAAUGUAUGAGUUCAGCUCACAAGUACUUCAAGCUGAUUGAGAAGACUUGAAUUAAUUUUUUCCCCUGAAUCAUAUUUUUAAAAAGUGUGACUAAAAUAUAUUUUAAACACAUACCAAAGGCCAGUCUGAACUGACCUUGUUUAUACUUGUUUCAGUUUGUUCCUUUUCUUUGUGCUUGUGUCAAAUCUUGAAAUCUUCCUGAAAAUACAUUUGAAUACAAAUAAGUUUCCCAA